AUGUCCGUAGUAUAUAUUAAUAUUUUUCUAGCCUUCACCUUAUCCUUUAUAGGGCUAUUAAUCUACCGAUCCCACCUGAUAUCCUCUCUUCUCUGCCUAGAAGGAAUAAUGUUAUCCCUAUUCGUUAUAAUAACAGUCACCAUUCUGGCAAAUCACUUUACAUUAGCUAGCAUAACCCCUAUUAUCCUCCUUGUAUUUGCAGCCUGCGAAGCAGCACUAGGCCUAUCCCUACUAGUCAUAAUCUCCUCCACAUACGGAACGGACUACGUACAAAACCUAAACCUACUACAAUGCUAA